AUGUCGUCCCCCAUCCUGCGAAAUAGGGAAUUAUACGCCGGAGAGUCGCCCGCCAGAAUGGGAGACGUCGUUGUGGAGGAGUUAGACACGCUUGAGGUGCGGUAUCAUGCUACAUUUUUUCAGCUGCAUGAUAGUGCUGCAAAUAAACUGGCCGUGGCACCGCAGUCUUCAUUGUCGCAGGACGAUGCAACUGAGGCAACAAUGGUUUCAGAGCCUUUCUCAUCGCAGGCGGCAGCAUGCCAAAGGUUGGGCACCGCCUCGCCCUAUAGUCUACACACACCCGAGGAGCUGCUUCAGCCACUGCAUCAGGUACCAGCCGCCCGCAGCGGCCAUCUCCUGCUUUCCUGUGGUCCUCGUCGAAGUCUCAUCCUGCAUGGUGGGCUUGAGGUUGGGUCGACUUCAUUUCUCAAUGACACGUGGGAGUAUUUGAUUGAUGCGCAGCGGUGGGUGCAGCUUAUUUGCCGCGGUGCCCCUGCUAAGCAGCCUUGCCAUUCACGUUUGAGCAGUGAGAGCGUCAGUGGUGAGGAGCAAGUAGUGGACGGCGAGAUGCCGCCAAAGGCAUUUGGGCAGAGUGGAACCUUGUUUGGGGGCGGACGCCUUUUGUUUGUGCAUGGCGGUGUGACGGGCGGGAAUGGCGGUGCUGCCCCUGCGUUUAAGCUGGACAUUGAGCGGCGGCUUUGGAGCAAAGUGCAGCUUACCAUGCAGCUACCGCCGAGGUGGGGGUCGGUGGCCCAGACGCUGCUUAUUCCUGUCUGUGCAAGUGCUUCUGCGAAGCGGCUGUCUCCGAAGUCCUUGUGCGCACCCUUCUCCUCGGUCUCGUCCUCGCUGGAAGCGGAAGAAGCCGUGGUGGAGGCACAGGAGGAGGAGGAGCCGCAGCAGCAGCGUGGCACUGAGGUGGUGGUGGUGUUUGGUGGGAUGCGUGACACGGAGGCCUACAACACCACGUACCUGUUGUACUUGACCACUCCGCCGCACUCGUCCGGCAAACUGCGGUACCGCGAAGGGGAGGCGCGGGUGGUGGAGGUCAUCCCGUCAAUAGCUCCGUAUAUAUUUCCUGGGAGACGGCGGGCCUGUGCCACGGUUUGCCGGGAUUUCUUUCUCUUCGUCUUUGGCGGACGCGACAGCACCCACUUCUACAAUGACCUGUGGGUGCUUAACGCCUACACACGACAGUGGGUCAUGGUGCGGGAGGAAACCCCUUUGCGAUUUAUGCGGGAAUUUUUCCUGCGCCCCUACGACAAGAAACCGGGGGCGCGUAUUCUGGAGUAUGUCAAGAAUGUUAUUCUGCUGCGUCGCGAUAUCAGGAGGUGUCGAACGCCGGUAAGCACCCCGCACCGGUGCAGGCAUUGUAACAGCUCCGCGCUUUGGCGCACAGGAGCGGUGAUGGUGGCACGUGGGCUGGAGAUUUUCAUAUUUGGUGGGUUUACGUACGACGGACGCGGGCUGAUCGAAACCCACAAGGACGUGCACGUCUACAACUACAUGCGCCAUAUAUGGCGCGAGGCGUACGUGGAUGUUGGGUGUUUGCCUUCACCAUUUCCUGCUGGUUACUUCACAACACGGGAAGGCGAGCGCGCGCAGAACUGGGAGUCCAUGAAGAACAUUAUCUCCGUCCUGCCGGACGGUCGGACGAUGGCAGCCAUGUGCGUGGAUCCGGUGAUGCCGGGAUUUCGCUUUUUUCUUCACGGUGGCCGCUCCGAGGAUGAGCCCAUCGGGGAGCUGUACGACGUGCGCGUUCACGUCACUUGCACCGCCCUUUCCGACACAAGUUUGGUGUACGAGGGAGAGCUGAGGCACUGCGGUGACGCCACAUUUGUCCCCACAGCCACCACGCUUCGUUCCACCCUGCGGAGACGGCGACUACCACAUGCAACAUGGCCUGUUCGUUCCCCCAGCGCGGUCCAGUUGACCUUGCAAGGGAGUCCGUGCCGCUGGGGCUACCGAACGCUACGGGACCAGACAGGGGACUGGGUGCGGGCGGUGUUGCUUGAGGAGACGACGCUGCGUCGAACCACGGGCCUCCUGCUGCGUCCAGAGGACAAGGUCGUGCGCCAGGAGUGGCUGGAGGAGGCCCACGCUGCGGGCGUCAAGCUGCAGAAGAAGGCAGACGAAAUGUUCCCAGAGGCAGUUCGUUCGGUGGUGUCCUGUGCCCCGCCAUUUAUCAGGCGGGGGUGA